CGCACUGUGUAUGUUGCUCAUCUCUUUUUAAAUAAGCGAUUCCCUUGUUGUCGUUAUAUACACAUACAUUGUAUGUCGGCCAGAGCAGAUGUGACACCAGUGGACGUGGUCCAUCUGGCAAAAGAAAUAUACGGACUGACAGUAACAGACUUGAAGGAACUUCCCGGUUUUGAGGACAGAAAUUUCCUUGUUUCCUGUGAACCGUCCCCGCCCAUCCACGAGGACAAGCAAACUGUACCGGAUGCUCAACAGAAGACCUCGGGGCAAUACGUGAUAAAAAUUUCAGGAUCGAGAGACAAACAAGAUGAUUCCAAGUUAGAAAAGCAGAGAUUAAUUAUGAAUUUUCUGUCUUGUGAACACUUUAUAUGUCCUAAAUAUGUAAAAACUAAAUCGGGAAGUUGGUUCGAAUGGUACGACCGUGGUAAUGGCCCAAUGCGCGUGCGGAUGCUGACCUAUGUACCCGGCGAUACUCUUAUGGACCACUGGGAAGUGCUGUCUGCACGUGAUACACUGACAACACUGGGUGAAUUUGUUUCAAAAUUACACCUAGUACUUGAGAGGCUGACCCAGUCCGGUGAUGUCCAGGUAGACGUAGAUACACUAAAUCCUUGGAGAAUGGACAACUUUCUCUGUCUCAAAGACUUUCUGGACGAAAUACAAGAUGUGAAAAAGAGGCAAACGCUAUCAGAUAUACUCAAACGAUUCCAGGAGGAGGUGCUAUGCAAAUCAGAUAGUCUAUCUUCAGGGAUAAUACACGGUGACAUUCACGAUAUGAACAUCAUUAUCCAUGUAGAGAAUGGAAAGAUCCGUCCAAUACACCAGCCGGCAAAAGAAACAGAUUCUGAUCGUGUCAAAAACACGUUUGGAAUAAUCGACUUUGGUGACGUCACCUUUUCUAAAUACGUGUUUGAGGUAUCCAUGGUAAUAAGAGACGCCAUUGUAGACGUGAAGUCGAUGGACCCUAUCGAAAUAGCUGGUCAUUUUCUUGGAGGGUAUCUUAAACACAGACUGCUCAACUGUGCCGAAUUGGACGUUCUCUUUGUGUGUAUUCUGGUUGCCCUUUGUCAGUACGGAGUUCUUGGGGAACACGAAUACAAACUUCAACCUGACAACGAGUACACAAAGCUUGGUGCUGAAGACGCUUGGAAACAUCUGGAAGUUCUUCAAAAGAUGGACAAAUUACACGUGAUAAAGACAUGGUCAACUUUGUUGUCCUCUACAUAUGAUCUAGUAUUAUAACACCGAACUUUACGGAAUUCGUGUCAUAGGAAAGUAUAUUUGGUCCAUAGGAUUUAAAUUUACAAGGAAAACACAUCAGUUAUUUAAAUGUGUAAAACAUUUUUGUACGGGAUUAAAAUGCAACAUUGAUUCCUGAUUUUAGAGCAAUUCACUUUCAUGUUAUUGAAAUCCGACAUGAAGGGAGUUACAUAUAAUUGAAAAAUGAGUCCUUUCUUCAGUGGUGAAAAUAAUAGCAUUUUUAUCAAACUUUAAAUACACUAAUACAGCAUCAAAAUGAGAGGGAAAUGUUUCAUGUUUCCUUGAUAGCUGAUGUUUGGGCUUUGCUCGAAAUAUAAGAUGUUUGGGUUGUGCUCGAAACAUUAGUCAGAUUACCAACAAGGACGUCUGUUCGCACUUGCUGACGUCCUAAACCGGAAAUAGUAUACACACAAAGGUGUUCCGCACAAAAAAAUAGUCCGUCAUAAGUAUAUUAUGAAAUAAUGAAAAAAAUACAUUUUUGUGAAUAACUAUACCAUUCUAAGCGUAAAUAUGGAUAUGAAGAAGCCAACGGCAAUACUUUUGUUUUAAAAAUAUCUUUCUACAUAGUUAUAAGGUGUAUGGUAUUCCUCCGCGCAAAUCUGCUAUUUGUUUACGCUUGUCAAAGGCCGAUGAUCUCUAUGAUAAUUAAGCUUAGAAGUCAGUUACAACAUAUGCUAUUAAGUUGACUGUUUAUGAAUGAACAAUUAUAUAAGGUACAUGUAGUAGUAUAUACAUAAUAAUCAGUUUAUCACGCAAUGUUUUCAGGGUUUGCCAGUGGCCUUCCGCAUCGUGUGAUUGUCUCUAAAUCUGUCUGCAGCCUGGAUCAUAAAUCUUUUGGCCCUUACGUUUUCAAACUUUGAUAGACGCGGUCACAUAAGAGAGCCAAACUCUUCAUAUUCACUUCGUUGUUCAAUUGACAAAGUCACUGCGUCUGAACAUGACUUCACACUUUCCAGUGCACUUCCAAAUGAAUCUAAAAUAUGACAGUCAUUUUUUUAUCACUUUUUACAAUGUACUUCAAAAUGCAUUGUGGAGUUUUGACUUGUAUGCAUAGUUACUUAAAAUUUCAGAGACAUGGGUUAAAAGGUCAAGAGUACUUUAAAAUACAUUCCAGUCCAAAAAUCUAUUGCUUAUUCUUUUAGAAAUUUAUGAACAUUAUAACCUAUUCAAGGACCACCAACGCUACUUAUAUUGUAGUUUAGAACAUAAGGAAAAUUUCACUAAGACAUUAAUGUUGGCUGAGAUGUGAUCGGUGUCAUCACUGAACUUGUAAUGAUAUAUGGUCUUCCUAACAAUAACGUCACUGAUCGCUUAUAUAUAGUUAUCGACGAUCAUAAAUUUAUCGUAACUCUACACUUAAGAUACAUUGAUAUGGUACAAUUGUUUGCCACCUGUUUUAAAACUUUCCAUAGUUUAAUGUUGUAUAAUAAUUGUUGCAUAAUAAUAUGUCCGGUAUAGAGGUCAGUAGUGUGUCGUCAGUAUAUAUCUGAUUGGCUAUUGUGUUGGCGCGCAAUACCUUUGUAGGACUAGGUAGACGAGAGAGCGACGACAACGACAACGGACAAGAAUAUAAGUGAGGUAUAAACUCGAUUUCUUGAUUUACAAACUUACCUGUCGAUCUUUUCUAUUUGUCCUUUCUGCUGUCCGGCGUGCGGUAUUUCCCGCGAGCAGUAUCUGAUAU